CGCGGAAACGAUGGAGAAACCGUCUUUGGAGCUUGUCGCCCAGGCAUUGGGAGCUCUAUACCACGACCCAGACGCCAAGUCCAAAGAGCAGGCGUCGACCUUUCUCAAUCAGUUGCAGAAAUCUCCAUUUGCCUGGGAGGUUGCUGACCAGUUGCUACACCAACUCAGCGCCGACACAAACGUCAGCUACUUUGCUGCUCACACGAUGAGAACGAAAGUCUACUACAACUACAAGGAGCUGCCGGCAGAUUCGAGAGUGUCGUUGAGAGAUUCCCUUCUCGGUCACCUGACACGCUUUGGGUCUGCAAGUCAACCGGUUGUUACUCAACUAGCUCUUGCUGUUGCUGAUCUAGCAGUGCAGAUGGUCGAGUGGAAGGAUGCUGUUGAGAAUUUGAUAUCUCAGUUGGCUCAGGAUAGAAGCAAUAUGCCAAUGUUACUUGAGACUCUGACGUUGUUCCCUGAAGAGGUGGAGAGUCCACAGUUCAAACUGGGAAGCAAUAGACGUCGAGAGGUUGCAGAAGAGAUGAGGAAAUCUGGUUCCACUGUGUUGUCGUUGUUGUCAACUUGUUACGAGACGUUUCAUGCAGACUUGAAUGUUACUGUCAAGAUAUUUCGUUGUUUAGCAAGCUGGAUGUGUCUUGAAGCUUUUCCAAUGCAAUCUCUCGUAAAUUCUCAUCUCAUGCUGAUGCCAUUUCAACACCUUACUGUUUCUGAUGUUGACUGCCAACUUCAGGAGGCGGCUGCUGAUAGUAUUUGUUCAUCUCUUUACAUUUGCGAGAACUCACCUAACAAUGUUGCUUUAGCUCAAUUCCUACAACCUCAUGUUUACUCUUUGUUUCCAUCCUAUCAGCAAGCAGUGGCAGAUGAAGACACAGACAGGGCGAUCAAUUUCUGUCGUAUCUUUACUGAAAUGGCCGAAUCGUUCAUCGACUAUUUGAUUUAUAGUCCAAAUGAAAGUUUGGGCAGUUUUAAUACUCUCACGUUGGUCUUAGAGUGUGUAAAGCAUACCGACUAUGAAGUUGCAGAGAAGACGUAUAACUUCUGGUACAGACUGUCUGAACGUUUAUAUCAACGAGAUGAUAUGAAGUUCUGGGAUCUCUUUAAGCCUCAUGUUGAGGCAUUGAUUGAAGCACUUCGUGGCCAGUGUAGAUUUGAUGAUGACCGUCAGGAUAUUCCAGACUCUCAAGAUGAUUUUAUUGAAUUUCGUCACCACACCAUCGAGCUGGUAUAUGACAUUGUGUUUGCCGUUGGAUCUCUUACCUGCUUCAAAAAGCUCUUCAGCUUGAUUUCUGGCUCACAGGUUGCAUGGCCUGAUGUUGAAGCAACUCUUUACGUGAUGCAAGCCAUAGCAAAACGAAUCAACACUGCCUGUGAUGAUGAUAUUAUAAAUCAAGUCAUGCAAGCAAUAGUUGUUUUACCAGUUGAAAGUCACGUGUUACUUCAUCAUUCAGCACUGAAAUUAGUAGGACAGUUAUCCGACUGGCUCAACACUCACAGUGACUUACUAGAGGCUGUAUUAGGAUAUCUUGUUCGUGCAUUGAAAAUGCCGCAAUUGGCUUCAGAGGCUGCAUUUGCUCUUGAUCAUCUUUGUCAAGGAUGUAAACAGAAGUUAGGACAACACUUUGAUGGAUUGCUACAGAUAGUUGCAGCAGCCGAUUCUCUAAAAAUGACCAAGUCGGCGAUUGUUGGUCUUCUACGUGGAGCAUGCGAGGUAUUGUCUCUUUUACCUGCUGAGAAAGUCACAGUGCACAUGCAGCAAUUAUGUAGUCUUGCUUCCAUUCCUCUUCAAGAGCUUGUCUCAUUGAGAAAGAAGAAGCAAGAGGGUGGUGUCAGCAUUAUUGAUUGCCUUGAUCGUCUGGCUGCUAUAUUUCGCCACACAACACCCGUAGUUGAAGAUGGAGCUACCAGCCACCCUUGCCAAUCAGUUAUUGAGCAAUUGUGGCCGAUGCUGUCGUCUUGUUGUGGUUGUUUUACCGACGAUGCAAAGAUUAUGGAGCGGUGGUGUCGCACUGUCAAGUAUGGUCUACGUUGUCUCCAUUCUCAUUCGUCUGGCUUGAUUGGAUCUCUAGCGAAUCAAAUGGUUACUGUAUAUGCAAUGCAACCUCACUCGAGUCUUCUGUAUCUCGCUAGCAUUUUAGUAGACGAAUACGGGAAAGAUCCAGCGUGUAUUCAAGGAUUAAUUGAUAUGCUGCAAGCUUUCUGUCCGAUUGCCUUCAAAUUACUUGCUGAAGACGAUGGACUAGUUCACAACCCUGACACCGUAGAUGAUCUAUUUCGGCUCUGUUCAAGAUUUCUUCAACAUGCAGCCUUACCGUUUCUUCAAUCUUCUGUCAUUUUGAACAUCAUGGAAUGCGCCCUUGCAUCACUGACGUUGCAUCAUCGUGAGGCUCACGCUUCGGUCUGCAAAUUUAUCUAUGAGCUUCUCAGAAGUCGAAACAACAAAUUUAAGUCUAGUGAUGAACAAGACACUUUACUGACUCAGAUACAGAAAACGUUGGGAGAAUUUGGUUCAACCAUUGUAUGCCAAGUUAUCACUGGUUGUGCCAGUCUACUACCAUCGUAUACAUUUGUCGACUUAGGUGACAUUUUGUGGGAGAUGCGGUGCUACUCACCUCAUGUAUUAUCAGACUGGGUAAAGAGUGCUUUAGUGCAACUUUUAGCUGAUGACUCUAAACCUGGUGCCAUCAUUAGAGCAACGGAAGGGCAACUGCUUGAGUUUCAUGGCAUGGUCAUCAAUGCAAAAGAACAGCAGGACGUUUGGGACGCUAUGAGAUAUCUCGCAUCAUUGUAUAACUAGCUGUCAUGUGAAUGUACAGUAACUCUAAUGGAGUGGUAGUUUGAGUGAACGGGCAUUUGGGUAUGCCACGUGAUGAACAGGGUUGUUUUAUGAAAUACUGACUUGGUUACUGAAUGUUAGUUGCAACAGUCAGAUAACUGCUUUUGGUAUUGGUGUGGUAUGUCUUCUAUUGCUGUCAGACAAUAUAUAUUUUAUGAAAAUGGUACCUAACUAUUACAUUCGUGAGUUACUGAAUAUGCCUUGCAUUGUAUGCUUUAUCGAUGGCAUAAUUCCUGUAACUCAGACUUUUCAAAUUACAGGGGGAGAUAGAUAAGCACUGACUUGCACUGUUACUAAAUAUUAGUUUGUGCCUAUUUUUCGCAGGAAAGGUUAUUUCAUCUGGUCAAUUUGUAAUUAGCUAUAUCCGUGUUAUUGCAAAUAUU